GUUGGUCACUGACCUUUUAUGUCAGAGGUCACUAACCUCAUAAGAGGUAUCCGUGUUUUAACUGUACGUGCCGAGAACGCGAUAUUUUAUCUGAGGAAAUUUGAACGUUCUCUCGGCACAAACUGAACGGUGUUAUAAUUUGGUCUUUAAUAUGUAAGGCACUCGAAUACAGGAAUUAAACUAAACGAACUCUAAGUUACAACAUAAUGGCGACGAGGAUGUUGAACUAAUUAAGUAGAGUAACGUAACGUCAGAUAUCGAGUGUUAUCAUGAUAAUUUUUAUUUAAGAGAAGCUUGGUGCAAAGUAACUUAACAGACGUUUGAGUGAGUUGGAGUGAGGCUGAACGGUGAACUGAGUCGUGACUGUUGCAUAUAAUUGUGGAUAUCACUGUGGACCCGGAACAGGCCACAGCAAGUAAAUAUGGCGCUCAGUCUCAGCACUCCAGAGAAGUUCCAUGAAGGUGAAGACUUCGAUAUAUGGCUAGAUGGAUUUGAAGUGUACCUGUGUGCUUUAGGCAUAGAAGAAGUGACUCGGAAGAGAGCACUGUUGCUUCAUUUACUGGGCACUGACAUCCAACAGAAACUAAAGGAUAUGGCUGAAAUUGAAUCCGAUUCAGCACUGCCAAAUGACUAUGAACGCACCAAAGCAAAGCUGAGACGUAUUCUUAAACCCCAGGUCCGAACUCUGUACGAAAGGAACAUAUUCCACAACAUGACCAUGAUGGACCGAGAUGAAAAUAUUAGAGAUUUUGUGGGGCGCUUGAAGAAACAGGCAGAGAAGUGUGACUUUACUCGGGAGCAGAGAACUGAGCUCAUUCGUGAUAUGAUAAUCUCACGGUGUCCGCACUCUUCGCUGCAAGUCAGAAUGCUUGAGGCACAGCACCUGACGGCAGAAGAUGCAAUCAAAAUGUGGGAGUCGUUUCUGCAGGUCCGAGUACAGGCAAAGAAACUUCAAGAGAUGAAUCUGACAAAAGAAGUCAAUCCGAGUCCGGAGCAGGAGCCGAAGAAAGAAGGAGAGUCGGCCUACCGAGUCGUCGGUGAAAAAGGCCAGAAAAGUCCGUUCCAACACGGCGACAGAAAAGGCGGACAGAGUCGAGGCCCAUGCUACCGAUGCGGAAGGAGUUCGCACAAAGCGAGUGACUGUUUAGUCACCAGAGGGAAAACGUGCAACAAGUGCGGAGGCAAGAACCAUUUUGCCAAGAUGUGCAAAAGCCGCCAAGAUGAUGGACCGAGCUACAAGCGGCGAGUGAAUGCCACAAGAGACGAAGUCGAAGCAGAUCGGACAGUGAGUGAUUUCGACGACUUUGCGUUCACGUCCGAGAGCAGCAGCGCUGAAGGACGUGGCACACUGACCUCAGUGCAGCUAAACGGUCAGACUGUGAGGGUUUUGGUUGACACAGGAGCCUCAGCAGAUAUUAUAACAAGAAAAGACUUCAAAACACUGGUCGGUUUCAAGACAGUGAAGACUAACCGGCGUCUGCUGCCGUAUGGCUCGAAGAUCCCUCUGAAGCUGGAUGGUCAGUUCUUGGCGACAACGGCGGUGAACGGCAGAGAGGUCCAGAGCUGCUGGCUGAUCGCGGCCCACGGCCAAGUUUCGCUUCUGAGUGGAGUAACGGCGGAGCUGCUCGGACUGAUAUCCACCGGGAAACACGUCAAUCAAGUAGCGGAGAACGGCAGCCAGCGCCUAUCACUCGAAGCGAUUCUGAAGGAGAACAAGGAUGUGUUUGAAGACAAGUUAGGACAACUGGCUGACGUAAAGGCCCAUUUGAGGCUAAAGGAAACGGCAGAGCCCGUUUUCAAGCGAGUCAGAACGGUCCCAUAUGCCCUGCAAGACCAAGUUGAGAGCGAGCUGAAGAAAUGGGAAGACAGUGGAAUUGCUGAGAAGAUCGAAUAUUCUGACUGGGGAACGCCACUGGUGGUGGUUCCGAAGCCCGGAGGAGGCAUCAGGAUUUGCGGUGACUACAAGUGCACUGUGAACCCUCAGCUUGAGGUUCCGAAACAUCCAAUGCCAACCUUAGAAGACAUUCUGGCAAAGCUGCCAGAUAUGAAGUUCUUCUGCAAGUUGGACCUCAGCACAGCGUAUUUGCAGAUGACGCUGGACGAAGAGAGCCAGAAGAUGACGGUGCUGAACACUCCGAGGGGACUGCUGAAGAUGAAGCGGUUACCAUACGGGAUAGCAGCCUCUCCAGCUAUAUUCCAAAGCACGAUGGAGAAGGUGCUUGAAGGCCUUCCAGGAGUGACAUGCUUCCAAGAUGACGUCCUUGUAGCGGGACCAACAGAGGCUGAAACAUUAGAGCGGUUAAGUGAAACGCUGAAGCGACUGAAGAAGUGGAAGCUCGUCCUAAAAAGGAAAAAGUGCGAGUUCAUGAUGAAGUCGAUUCGGUAUCUUGGAGUGGAACUCAGCGGUGACGGCGUGAAACCAGUGAAGGAGAAGGUGACCCCGGUGUUGGACGCUCCCAGACCUCGGAACACGGGUACUGGCGGAACCGUUUCACACCGAAGAUAACGGCCAGCCCUUCCCGUUCGACCUGGGCAUAAUUCUUCUCGGCUGUGGAUAGGCUUCUGGAGGCAAAUCUGACAGGCCUCUCGUUCCCGUCUCCGUCCACCUGCACGAGAACGGCUCCUAAGCCAUACGGACUGGCGUCCGUGAUCAAACGCACUGGCUUCCGUCCGUCGUAAUGUGCCAAGACGGGUGCUUGAGUGAGCCUCUUCUUCAGCUCGUUGAAGCUGGCUUCUUCAGUCGCCGUCCAUUUCCACUUUUGGCCUUGGCUUCAGCAGGUCGAGUUUGGUACGCAUCACUCUCCCCAUCAUAGCUUCUGCCGGGGCGACUCCAGUGGUGCUGUGCUGGGUGUUUCGGUACAUCAUCAGGAACGAUGACAGCUGUAGUUCCAGCGGACGGUCAUCUCCGCUCAGAAGACAUGCUUUGAGCUUCUGCUUGACUGUUUGCACCAUUCUUUCAGCCAGUCCGUUAGACUGAGGUCGAUAUGGUGCGAUUCGGAUAUGUUUUAUCCCCAGCUUUGUCAUAAACUCUUCAAACUCUCUCGAGGUCAGCUGCGCUCCGUUAUCCGUCACAACUUGCACCGGAAUUCCCCACCUUGCAAAUAUCUUGGAGAGCUCACUGAUUGUUGCUUCUGCUGUGACUGUCUUCAUGGUGACUAUCUCUGGCCACUUGGUAUGACUGUCUACUACGACUAGGUAAUGUUGACCUCUGAAAGGUCCUGCGUAAUCCAGAUGGAUCCGCUCCCACGGGUUCUUCGUAUGUUCCCACGGAUGUAGAAACACCGCUGGUCUCUCGUUUUGUCCAGCUUGACAUCCUGCACAGCCUCUUACAGCUUCUGUCACAUCUUCAUCGAUCUUUGGCCACCAAACAUAACUUCGUGCCAACAUCUUCAUCUUGCUGAUGCCUGGGUGGCUGCUAUGAAGUUCACGGAGCACCUCGGCUCGCAGAUUCUCCGGUACCACGACUCUGUUACCCCAGAGAAUACAGCCACAGGUGAGCGACAGUUCACUCCUCUUUGCUUCAAACGGUUGCAGCUCGGAUGGGAUCCUUUCCGGCCAGCCGCUGAGGAGGUACUGUGCCACCUUUGAUAGAACUCUGUCUCGACCAGUGGCCCUCUUGACGUGUUCACAGGUGAGUGGCGCCAUCCUGUCCCACUGCUCCAGGAAGCACACUGAAGCUUCAUCUGUGAUCCUGUCAGUCUCCUCUGCUUCCGGAACUGGCAAACGAGACAAGAAGUCAGCCAUGGGAAUGUCUGCUGCUUUUCUGUACUCCACAUCAUAGGUAUACUCUGCCAGAAUCAACGCCCAUCUUUGCAUUCGGGCAGCUGCUAGAGCAGGGCCUGGCGUCUUUGGUCCCAGCAUCGUUGUCAGUGGCUUGUUAUCAGUCACUAAUGAGAACUUUCUGCCCCACAGGUACUGGCGGAACCGUUUCACACCGAAGAUAACGGCCAGCCCUUCCCGUUCGACCUGGGCAUAAUUCUUCUCGGCUGUGGAUAGGCUUCUGGAGGCAAAUCUGACAGGCCUCUCGUUCCCGUCUCCGUCCACCUGCACGAGAACGGCUCCUAAGCCAUACGGACUGGCGUCCGUGAUCAAACGCACUGGCUUCCGUCCGUCGUAAUGUGCCAAGACGGGUGUGCCAAGACGGGAUAGGCUUCUGAAGCCAAGGCCCGCCGACAAGGUGCUAAAUGCACAGGCGAAACAGAUGGAAAACGGCAGCAAAAGAUUUCCAGAAUACCAGUCUGGAGACAAGGUGCUGGUACGCAACUAUGCAGGCGGACCAAAAUGGAAGGAGGGCCAUGUUAUUGGGCGAACAGGACCAGUGUCCUAUCAGGUGGCAGUAGACGGACUGACAUGGUCCCGUCACGCAGGACAGCUGCUUCCGCUGGGACAUGCCAGCAAGCCAGCCUCGAGAGCAGCCGAUCCACGAGCAGGCUCAUCCGAGACACGAAUACUUGGAACUGAAACGGAGUCAAGGAGGAACAAUUCACCGCUUCGUCAGCGAGUAACCGAGAUGUCCUCCCGCCCAGUGACACGACAAUCGGUUCCAGCUGAACCGCGACCACAAGAGGUCAGCAGGAGCAACCCAACUGAUGACGACAGGGUCCCUGAUACGGACACGACGCUGUCGGAAGCCGGGUCAUCUGUUGAACAUUCAAAUGACGCUGAAAGGAGCACAGAAGGGAAAGAUAUAGCAGAAGAUGGACACAGCGAUGGAGACCCGUCCUCUGGCCAGGAUGUUACUACAUGCUCUGGCCGAACGAGGAUAUUCACUAGAAGUGGCCGAGAAGUACGCAGGCCUCUCCGUUUUCAAGCAGGGGAGCCAUAAAGGUCACAAGCGGAGUGGGGUCACAUUUUAGGGGGUGUGAGUUGUUGUGUUGGUCACUGACCUUUUAUGUCAGAGGUCACUAACCUCAUAAGAGGUAUCCGUGUUUUAACUGUACGUGCCGAGAACGCGAUAUUUUAUCUGAGGAAAUUUGAACGUUCUCUCGGCACAAACUGAACGGUGUUAUAAUUUGGUCUUUAAUAUGUAAGGCACUCGAAUACAGGAAUUAAACUAAACGAACUCUAAGUUACA